CCCCGGUUCGUAUCGGGCCGAGCUUUUCUGUUGGCGGCUUUCAGGUCUGCACUGUUUGUUCGCUGUUGUGCUUCUUUCUUUAUCAGGACUCGGGAGAACACGCAUCUGUGUGGCCCAAAGGUAUCACGCCCCCCCCCCCCCCCCCCCCCCCCCCCACAAGCUCCAUCUCCACCAGCCUUGGCUCAUUCAGUAACCAAGAACUCAGCAACUCCCUCUGCUGGCCUGGGUCAAAGGUUCACCCGUCGGCUUUUGGGCGAUUCUGUGAACGAGGAAAAUGUGAGGCGUUUCCUUGCCGGGAGAAGGCAAAACUUGGAAGAAGGCAAAGUCAAAGCAAAUCCAGACAUUCCCGCUAACCUUCUGGCGCAUAUUCUGAACCUGUUUGGAGUGCCGGCGAGGAAACAUCAGCACAGACGGACGGGAGGGAGGAGGUGAGAGAAGCCGACGGCGGGGGGGAUGACGAGCCCGCCUGCGAGUCACAGAGGCCCCCCCCCGUGUGCGGCGGCAGUGGGUGCGCCCCCAGCUCCGUUUGGCCCACGCGUCUCGUUUCCACUCCACAGGUGAUCCCAAUCACGCCGAGAAUCUUGGAUGACACGCACGCUCUCAAAACCAGCAGCCGCACCCGUCCUCGCAUUUUAAGUCAUGACAAAUUGUAGACGUUAACAACAAUGGAGCUUCCGCCUGAGGAUUCACACUUUUUGGAACUAGGACACGACGCGUUCAAGGACGAAUCUCUUGGAGUUUGCUUUGAUACGGAAACUGUUGAUGGAUUUAUCCUACGGGGGCUCGAUCAAGACCCGCAUUUACACGGCUCACCGCAGGAUCGCUCUUGUCCGAUCCAGAACCCGAAAGGAGAAGAUCCUAUCCCGGGUGGCCGACGUUGCUCCCAGUUGGAACCGGUUCCUCGCGGACAAAGGGACUGUUCUGUUCACGGCGCGGAAACGGAUGGGGAAUUUGUUCUCCAAGAGCCUGAUCAAGACUUAAAUUUACUUCGCUCACGGCAGGAUUGCCACAGUCCACAGAACCUGAAAGGGGACGGUCUUGGUGGAGGUCUGUGCUGCUCCCAGUUGGAACCGUUUCCUCGCGGACGGAGGGACUGUUCUGUUCACGGCGCGGAAACGGCUGGGGAAUUUGCUCUCCAAGAGCCUGAUCAAGACUUGAAUUUACUUCGCUCACGGCAGGAUCGCCACAGUCCACAGAACCUGAAAGGGGACGGUCUUGGUGGAGGUCCGUGCUGCUCCAAGUUGGAACAGGGUCCGAAAGAACUGAAGGACGGUUCUGUUUGUGUCUGUCUCAGUCAUGAGCAACUUGCAGUGGAUUUACAUGGACAAGAAGUUUUAAAAAACUGGAGUUUGUUGAACUCGACGCAGGACUACUGUGGACCACGCCCCGCUGAGGACCAGAACGGAGAUGCUCUUCUUCCUGAGGUGUCAUUCUGCCGCCAGUUUGAAGCAGGACGGCAUGUACUAAAGGACACUUUUGCGUGUGAUGGUCGAAGCAAAGCAGACAUUGAAAAGGAUUUAUGCUUUCAGGAGCACGGACGAGAUGAUCUGAGCUUAGCUCCUAACCGUCCACGUUUUGCCCAGGACCACCGAGCGGAUUUUCCCGAGGGUCCGUGCUGCUUGGAAUUGGUUUCCAGAGGACUCGGCCUGGAUGUUGUCGUGGAGCAAGGACAAGAGUCCGGGGUGCUUGGAGAUGUUCUGGCUGUUCGGAGUUUACACGAAGAGAAAUGUGGUCCAUCUCCUGUCCUGGACCACAGAGUGGAUGACCUUCUUCCUGAGUCUCGAAGCUGCUCCCGCUCGGAACCGAGACACAGCGGACUCGAGCAAAGUUCUUUCUGCGUCCGCCUUAGUCGGUUUGUAGAGCGCGACGGUCAAGUGUCCGUCAGAUAUCGAGAGUUGAAGCCUCAGAAUUAUUCGGCCGACGCACCCGACCUGGACUGUGAGGAGUUCGUCUUCAAGAAGCUCUCAAACAUCCGUGCCGGUCAAACAUCGAAGAAUUACCGUGCACGCUCUUCACCCGCAGCUAAUUCUUGCCAAGGAACCCAUGAACUGCCCCGGAUCGUCAAACACAAGCAGAGCUCCAUCACUUUCUCGGACUACGCCGAGAAUCGCGCCGACGUUUACGGCAGCUUGGACGAUGGCGAGUCCUCGGGGGACCAGGACGCCGAACGGGCCGACGGCGAAGGCGACGGGGACGAUGACGUGUUCCUGGAGCGCCGAGUCCAUCGAUGGCGCAAGAGGCAGAGCGACUGCAGUAGAAGGUCCAAAGCAGGCGAUGCAUGUCAUUUCGAAGCGGAGCCAGACAGCCGCAGGGAGGAGCAGCUCAGUGUUUCCAGAAGCUUCAGCUCCUCUCUGCGCCUUGGCCUUUUGAGAGCAGACGCAUCGGGAGUGGAAUGCGCUUUGCGGCAGCCGUCCAGGUAG